UGAUCGGUGUCUUGAAACCCAUGACAGUAUCAGUGUUCCUGGAAUGGGGGAAAUAGUAUACAUUGGUCUACCUGCUUUUCUUUGUCUUGCUUUCGCCACGUAUCAGCCAUUUGCCUGGAUUCCGGAAUUCUCUAUUUCUGUCACUUCAGGGAUGUGUGCAUGUGGUGACUCGAACUUCAAUGGACUCGCCAUUUCAUCAGUUGUGGAACCAAAUAUUUCUCCAUUAUCAUGGCUAGCCUUUGUAGAAAAUGGUUACUCGUAUAUAACCUGUCUUGACAGCUUGAGUUAGCUUCACAGGAUAUUUCCUCGUCUUUCUAUCAUCCACUCAAGCGG